AUGAAUUCAUUACAAACGGAGAAUUCUUCUGAUGUGAAUAAACGAGUAAGUGUAAGUCGAUUUGAAUGGAUUCAAUUAAUUUCAACAAUAUGUAUUCCGAUCGUUAUUACAAUUUAUACAAUUGUUCAAAAUCAGAGUGAUCAAUCGAUAGCAGAAAGUAAUCGAAUCAAAGAUAUUGAAAUUGCCGAUGCUUCUCGAUCUGCAGAACUCGAAACAGCAAAAGAAAAUCGUUUCAAUGAAAUUCUGAUCGCUGAAAAAAGUCGAGAAAAAGAUCGUGAACUUUCUCUUGAUCAACAACGUCAAACGAUUCUCGUCGAAUAUCAUAGUUUUCUUACAAAAAUUCUUAUGGAAUUUGGUACAACUGGAAAUAAAGAAGAAAAUGUUCGACUUGUUAUACGUAUUACGACAAUAACUGCAUUAAGUCAAUGGGAUGCCACUCUUUUUUCAUCAAGUUAUUUGGAUUUUGCAGAUUUCAGUUUUGCCACUGCAAGAACACCGAUUUGUUUCGAUAAUGAUCGAGAAACUAAAAUAGAUUUUUCAUCUACAUCGUUAGUUAAUUCCACUUUCUAUCGUUCGAUUUUCAUUGCAGCUGACUUUUCAAAUGCAAAUUUAACAUUCGCAAAUCUGCGUUAUCUCUACUGUAGAGAUUGUACAUUCGUUUCAACUUUACUUAUUCAUGUUGAUUUAAGCUUCUUACAUAUGUUUAGCACAUUUUAUAAGACUUAUAUGUGUCUUUUUCUCUCGACUACAUUAAACAAUGUCAUUGCUCAUUCAGCCAGACUUUCUUCAGGUAACUUUACUGACUCCAAUUGGACAAAUGUUCGCGCAUCUGAUAUUGUAUUUAAAAACAAUACAUUGUCUUAUUUAACGAUGAAACAUUGUUUUCUAUCAAAUAGUAAAUUAUACGAUACAAUAUUUCGAAAUACAACUUUAUACGAUGUUGAUAUGUUGAAUAAUUCAUUACAAAAUGUCACUUUUAUCAAUAAUUAUAUGGAAAAUAUCAAUUUUCGUGAUAUUCACUGCAAAUUUUGUUAUUUCACAAAUACUCAACUGAAAAAGAUUAUUUUUACACACGCUUCAUUUAUUCAUUCAAGUUUUCUUCAUUCUCAUGUAAAUAUCACUCAAUUAAUCGAAGAAACCAAAGUUUUAAUUAACGUCACAUUACCCAAUGGAACGAUUAUCUUCUAA